AGCGGAAGCCGACCUCGUCCACCCCGGAAGUGCAAACCCGGCGGCCGUGCAGGUGUGGAUUCCGCCGUCAAGGCGGCUUCUUUCGAGAUGCCAGGAGCCGCAGCCAAGAGCUCGGAGUUAUCCGAGAGGAUCGAGAGUUUCGUGGAGGCCCUGAAGCGGGGCGGCGGGCGACGCUGCUCUGAGGAUAUGGCUCGGGAGACCCUGGGGCUGCUGCGCCGAAUCAUCACGGACCAACACUGGAGCAACGCAGGGGAGCUAAUGGAACUGAUCCGCGGAGAGGGCCGGAGGAUGACGGCCGCGCAGCCCUCCGAGACCACCGUGGGCAACAUGGUGCGGAGAGUGCUCCGGAUUAUCCGGGAGGAGUAUGGCAGACUCCACGGACGCAACGAUGAGAGCGACCAGCAGGAGUCCUUGCACAAACUCUUGACAUCUGGAGGCCUGAGCGAGGAUUUCAGCGACCCUUAUCCCCAACUCCAGUCCAACAUCAUUGAGGCAAUUAAUGAGCUGCUUGUGGAACUGGAAGGGACAACAGAGAACAUUGCAGCCCAGGCUCUGGAGCACAUCCACUCCAAUGAGGUGAUUAUGACCAUUGGCUUCUCCCGAACAGUAGAGGCCUUCCUCAAAGAAGCUGCCCGGAAGAGGAAAUUCCAUGUCAUUGUGGCAGAGUGUGCUCCUUUCUGUCAGGGUCAUGAAAUGGCAGUCAAUUUGUCCAAAGCAGGUAUUGAGACAACUGUCAUGACUGAUGCUGCCAUUUUUGCUGUUAUGUCAAGAGUCAACAAGGUGAUCAUUGGCACCAAGACCGUCCUGGCCAAUGGUGCCCUGAGAGCUGUGACAGGAACUCAUACUCUAGCAUUGGCAGCAAAACACCAUUCCACCCCACUGAUCGUCUGUGCUCCUAUGUUCAAGCUUUCCCCCCAGUUCCCCAAUGUAGAAGAUUCAUUUCACAAGUUUGUGACUCCUGAAGAAGUCCUGCCCUUCACAGAAGGGGACAUGCUGGAGAAGGUCAGCGUUCAUUGCCCUGUGUUUGACUACGUUCCCCCAGAGCUCAUUACCCUCUUUAUUUCCAACAUUGGUGGGAAUGCACCGUCCUACAUCUACCGCCUGAUGAGUGAACUCUACCAUCCUGAUGAUCAUGUCCUAUGACCGCACUCAUCCUAAGCAGAAGCUGCCUAUGCAGACCCAGAAUGGAGAGGAGACUGAGUGCCACUGCUGAAAUGCAUCUCCCUUGCAAUGGGGGAGUGAACCGGCGUCAACCUAAAUAAACUGGACACUGUCUCCUGCCUUUUUAAUCAUCCCAUAACAAGGAUGCAUAUCCAGGACUGGUUUUGUUUGUUUUUUUGUUUUGCCGUUCAGGUCUUAACAGAGUAGCAGGGCUUGACCUAUUGAUUUUGGACCCUCUUGGUGACCUGGGACGUCUGUUUCAGGAACUUAAACUUUCUGGUUCAGUGGCGUGUUAAACAUAACACUGAAUAGCUUGCUGGGAUACAGGUUUUUGCUCAGAAAUGACUACCACACCUUUUCGUAGGCUAUGCCAAUAAAAGCUGCUUGAAGGUUC